AUGAAAGUGAGAUGGGUGGGAGCUAUAUUAGACGCAAUGAAUGAAAUCCAGGGGAACUUGUCAAGGCUUACAACACCUUAUCUACUUGUCCAUGGUGAUGGAGAUCAAUUACUGAAGAUUGACGGUUCACAUUUCUUACAUGAGAAUUCUCCCAGUAACGACAAGACAUUUAAGGUACACGAAUGAGCUGCUUUGCUGACAGCACUGAGCGAACUAAUAGCCUCUCUGUUUGUACUUUCGACGAGUAGUAAGGGUGCUUGACGGUUUAUCAUGAGGGCAGAAAGAGGCGGUCUUAAAACGGCGUUUGUUCAUGUGGCGAUAUUGCCCUGCCCGGGGUAGGAGUUGCGGCCGCCUGGUUCUAAGCGUAAUCAUUGUGAACUUAUCCCAACAACACUUGUGAUUUGUCUUCACCCUUUUAGCCCCAGGAGUGACAAAUAUAAAUUUUCUCCAACCAAUAUCAACACAUUUUCAAAAGGAAAAGGUUAUGAGAAUUUAUAAAAUAAUCACCAAAGAGGAAAUGCUUUCAUCUUUCAAUUUUCGUCUCCAAACGGGAGUCUAAAGAAUGAUAUGUUGUUUUCCCUCUUCGGCCAAUUUUCCUUCCCGUUGUCAUUUUUAAAUCUACUUAUUAUUUCAUUAUUAACUCAACUGCUUGUAAAACUUGCUUUGUAGGUGGACAAAAAUGGACGCCAUGAACUUUUGAAUGAGGUGGAAGAAACUGCGGGCGUGGUUUACAAGGACAUUCUAGACUUGAUCCAGCAAAAGCUACCCUGA